CCCCCCCCCCCCAACCCCCUCUCGUCACUAUUCUUCUCGCUGUAACUGCUGCUGCUGCUGUUGCACUUCGAUUCGGGACAAGAUGGAGGUCGUCUAUAUAGACGAACGGGAAGAUGUGCAAAAGAAAACCUUUGCCAAAUGGAUAAACUCACAGCUUCUCAAGAAUCAUCACGAACCUGUGUCAGAUUUAUUUGUCGAUCUGAGGGACGGAAAUCGGCUUUUAUCACUCCUUGAAGUUCUCACGACAAAGUCAUACAAAAGAGAACGGGGACGUAUGCGUGUCCAUCACCUCAACAACGUUAACAAGGCGUUGCAAAUUUUGGAGCAAAACAAUGUCAAACUGGUCAAUAUCAGCAGCAACGAUAUCGUCGACGGUAAUCCCAAACUGACUCUCGGACUUGUAUGGAGCAUCAUACUUCAUUGGCAGGUACAUUAUCACCUCAAAGAUCUUAUGUCGGAACUGCAGCAAACGAAUUUGGAAAAAACUCUGCUCGCUUGGUGUCGUCAAAAUUCGCAGAAUUAUACGGGAGUUGAUAUAAAAAAUUUCACCACCUCUUGGUCGGAUGGAUUGGCCUUCAACGCUCUUCUUCACAGAUGGAAGCCUCAUCUCUUUGACUUUAACAAUGUUUCACGAAAACAUCCAAACGCGAGGCUCGAUCAUGCUUUCAAACUCGCUCAAGAACAUCUUGGAAUCGAACGGCUUUUAGAUCCCGAGGAUGUAAAUACCUCAGUACCGGACAAAAAGUCUAUUAUGAUGUACGUCAUGUGUCUCUUUCAAUCUCUUCCUCACUCCGGCGAGGAUGUCGGUGAUUUAGAUGUUUCUGUAGCGAGUGAUUCCAGUCCAGCAACAACGCCCGGUGCAGAGAGUUCUUUGUCAUUUGCAAAUCUCGGUAUGCCGAUAUCUCGACCAAUGAGUCUCGCGACAAAUGUGUCGGUUGAACUUGGCGGCUAUCAGGUUGCUUUGGAGGAAGUUCUGACGUGGUUGUUGGAGGCUGAAGAUAAGUUGAGUCACGCACCGGAGCCUGGACCUACCUUGGAUAUUUUGAAACAACAGUUUCACGAGCACGAAUCUUUCCUUAUGGAGUUAUCUGGUCAUCAGGACGGAGUUGGUGCCGUUCUUGAAGAAGGCGCUAGGCUUCUAGCUGACGGCGGUCUUCACAAGGACGAGGAGGACGAGGUCAGAGUUCAAAUGCAGCUGCUGAAUUCAAGGUGGGAAGGUUUAAGGACACACGCAAUGGAACGACAGUCGAGAAUCCAUGAGGUUCUGAUGGAAAUGCAGCAAAGGCAGCUGGAUUCUUUGAGACGUUGGCUGACCGAAACGGAGGAUAGAAUAUCUCGGAUGUCCGCUUCUGAACUUAACCAGUUGGCUCUUGACGAGCAGAUGAAUCAGUUGAAGGAACUGAGAAAGGAUAUUCAGCAGCAGCAAAGUGUCGUCGACGGUUUGAGCAAGAUUGUCGUUGUCGUGGACGAAGACAGUUCGGAGACUGUUUACGCGCAGAUGGAGGAUCAGUUGACGGCGUUGGGUGAAAGGUGGACACAUAUUUGCCAGUGGAUAGAAGAGAGGAAUCAAAAAUUACAGUUGCUCUCGUCUCGUUGGGGCGAUUUGACCGACGAGUAUAAAAGACUCUUGGCUUGGCUGAACGAGCGAGAAAUUACCCUGAAACAGAUGGAGGCGAAUCCUGCCUCGGAAAUGGGAGAAAUUUUGGAUCGAAUAAAGAAGUUGCAGCUUCUGAAAAUUGAAAUGGACGAUCAGCAGAAAAAACUCACAUCUUUACAAGUCGUUGUUCAAGAAUUGGACGAGCAGGGAUCUUCACCCGAAAGCACAAAUAUUUUGGAGAAAAUUGAGAAUCUUCAGGACAGGUGGGACGCUGUUGUUCAAAUUAUGGAAGUUCAGGGGCAAAGGAUAUCGAGUUCUGGAUUUGAAUUUGAACUGAAACCUGCGCAAGAAACUACGACUACGGUCACCGGAAAUGAAUGGAUGACUGAAACUGUAACGACGAUAGCGUACAGGGAAGACAUCGCAACUUCUACUUCUCACAGCGAUUCGAAAAAACGUCGUCUUGGUAGCGCCACUCGACACGAGUUCGACGCUGCUCUGUUGAAUUUGUACAAGUGGUUGGAUUACGUCGAUUUAGAAACAGGCCGUUCGGAGGGCGUUUUUGACGAGCUGAGCGUAGAGGAAAAGAAAAUCGUUUACGAGGACAGUCUGGCCGACUUGAGUUCUCACGAGAUUGAAUUCACCAAAGUCUUACACUUAGGAAGUCAACUUUUAGAGGAAACUAAACAGACGAAUGAGCAAACCGAAGAUGAUGAACAAAAAAUCAAAAGCGUACAGGAGAGGUGGAAGGCAACGACUAAUAGGCUUCAAGAUAUCAAAAAGAGAAUCGAUUAUCUAAUGGAUCUGAAACAAUUCAAUACCGAAUUAGCUAGCUUACAAUUAAUUCUUGACGGAUAUUCCAAAUGGUUCAAAGGCCAUCAGGGAAAUAAUCAAAUCGAAAGUUACAGGGUAAAACUUAAGUCUAUGAAGUCGCACGAGGAUCGUAUUAAUAAGUUGAAAACCAAGGCAAAAACUUUGAGCGAGAAUCAAGGCCCUGGCAGCGAAGCAAAUACGGCAGACGCAGACGCAAAGACGUUUGAAACUGCUUGGGACGAUCUUUCGAAAAGAUUAUCCGAUCGUCUGACCGAGUUGACAAACCAGGCUGACAAAAAACCACCUAAGAAAUAUACAGAAACAGUAAACAGUCUCCUAUCCUUCAUUAACUCUGUCGAAGGUGUUUUGCUUUUGGAGCAUGCUGUAGUUUCUGACGACAAGUCGAUGGAGAAUCAGCUGAAAAAGUUUAAGGAACUGCAGGACUCUUUGGCUGCGCAACGAGCCAACUUUGAAUAUGUAAAUUUGACAGGGCAGGAUUUAAUUGCAAAAAUUACCGACGAUCCGAGCAGCCAAAGACUAAAGGAAGAAUUGCAAGAUCUCAACACUAAAUGGAGUGAUAUUCCGAUAAUACUUGAAGAACGACAGCAAAAAUUACUGAAAGAUAUCGAAUCAUUGACAGAGUUUAACAGUGAAUUUAACAGCUUCGGAGAAUGGUUAGAGAAAUCUUCCAAGUAUUUGGAAGAAGCUUCGGAAGAUGCUCUCGUUAAUGAUGUGGAAACAACGGAAUUCAAAUUGGAACAAAUUCGGGCCCUCUCGGAUGACAUAAGCAAAAAUAAGCCCAGGAUUGAGCGCAUACAAACUUGUGCCAACAAGUUGCUUGAGAACUCUGAACCAAAGUUUGCAAAUGUUCUUAACAGCAGAUUGGAAACUCUUUCUCAAAAGUGGCACGCCAUCGUAGACGGCGUUAAACAUCAGGGUGACAAAUUCCAGAAUGCUCUACAGAAAAACGACAAGAUUAUAAAUGGAAUCGAGGAUUUCACGAAGUGGUUAUCCAACUUGCAGCAGGAAAUUCCUGCCAAAGAAAAAAUCACUUCAUCUGUUGAAUUAUUUCAAGCUCGUGGCUGCUAUCAAAUAUUAAAAGACAAAGUGGACAGGCGAGUCGAGGAGUUUAGAAAUAUCAACGAGAUGGGCAACGACAAGUUGCUGAGUUCCGAGGGAUCUUCUGUACAAGAACUGGGAAGACGGUUCACUCACUUAAACGCGAGGUGGACGGACGUUACUGAUCGCAUUUACGAAAGAUAUCGACAGCUGCAAAAUGCGAGUCACGAAUACGGCGAAUUCAGAGCUCUGGUUGCUCAAGAAAGUGACUGGCUUGACAAACUCGACAAGAGACUUAAAAAGUCAACAAAAAGUGCAGCUGACGCCGAAGAAAUUUCAGAGGAACUUGACGAUUUGGAAAAUUACAUUCGUAACCGUCCCGAGUCACGUUUUGCUAAGGUGCAAGAUAUAGGCAAGCAACUUAUCGACAACGAUAUCAUGACUAAAUCGGUAAAGACCGAUGUCGAAGCUUUGUUGAACCGUUGGGAAAAUCUCAGUAAGAGGGCAGGGGAACGGGCGCAACUCUUGGAAGGAUCGGUGAGGCAAGCUCAAGAGUCAGAAGGUCGUAUUAUUGCGCUCCAACACUCGCUAACGCAAGUAGACUCCGUACUAACUGCACGUCUUGAUUGUGAUCUGACUGCAGAUGAUUUGCCGCACGAAAUUCAGAAAUUAUUCGAAGAGUUGGAGAAUCAAAAAGUUACGUUGCACGAAAUGGAGUCGCAGGUAGAAUCUUACAAGGCAAAUGGAAAACACGAGGCAGCCGCCCGACUCCAAGAGCAAAUGCAAUUGAUUGAAGGGAAAUUUGGAGAAGUGAACGCUAAAUUCCAACGUUUUUGCUGCCCUCAAAACCUCGAACCAAGAUUAUCUCGUGCUUUGAGGGAACUCAGAGGCAUUGAAGAAGCAACUUGUUUGCUUGAAUUAGCAUCUGAAGAUCCGGAAGCGAUAGAGGGACAGCUAAAGCAUUGUUUGCGAUUCUAUCAAACUCUUAGCGAAAUAAAAGGCGAAAUUGAAAACAUUAUCGUCACUGGAAGAAAGCUUGUCGAAGAUAGAAUCGUACAAGAGCCAGGAAAAUUCUCUAAACGAAUCGACACGCUUAAAGAAUUGUACAAUAAGCUCGGAUUGCAAAUAACGGAAUCAAAGUCGACAUUAGAAUCUGCCCUGGAAUUAUCUCGUGAUAUAUUCAAGCACAUGACCUACAUCAACAUGUCUAUUGAGAGUAUAAACAAGGAAUUGGAUACACAAAAGAACAUGCCUGAAUUGCCUGUUAAUGCGAUAUACGUUACGGAAACACUAACCGAAGUUAUUCCGAGGUUGAACUUGGUGAGGGACAAAUUGUUCAGAUCACAGGACGAGUUUUCAAAACUGUGCGAUCCCAUGUACUUAGAACAGCUUAGAGACAGAGUUACAGAGGUUACAACGAGAUUAUCUAACACCGAGCGAAGACUUCGACUCUGUAGCGGAUCUGAGGAGGAACCGAGCGUCGAUGAGAUAAAUGCCUGGCUGAGACAGACGGAAGAGAAACUAAAUCAGUUGGAUGCCGUGCCGGCGGAUCAGUUGAGCGAAAAGCACUUUGAACACUGCAAGGCCAUACAGAGCGAGAUGAUCGAAACAAAGCCUAAGGUAAUGCAGCUGCAGCAUUGCUCGUUCUAUCCAAAGGUUGCCAAGGUUUGCGAAAAAUGGGAAGAAAUUUGCAACAGAAUACAGGGCUGGAUCCAAAAAAGUACAGAUCAUUUGUUGGUUUAUAAUAAGAGAGCCGAUGAUAAGGGGAGAGACAAUUUGGAGCUUACUAAUUCAGUAGUGCUACUAAAACAAGACGCAAAUUCACAAGUUCAACCAGACAUUGACCAGGACCAAUCUAUUUACGGUAUCGGCUAUCUAAACCCUGCCUUUGAAGACAAUCGAAAGACCGUCGUCAAAACGCCCGAGAGUUCUCCGAUAGACAUACCUCUUCGCAGCAGGAAGUCGAGCGCAAAAGCAGAUAAAGUUGAGAGCAGAAUUAUCGACAUUAGCAAAACUGUUAGAAGACGAUUAGACAUGAGUUCCAUUCCGGACGUUGUGCAAACUUCUCAGCCUCGUGAAGUUUGUCGAGACGACGAUUCGCAUGUAUUAUCACACGAUAGAGAGGUGAUACCAGCAGUUGUGGAUGAGGAGGAAUUUUUUCUAUCGAAAAAUAGCAAGCUUUUCUCACAAGUUUCGACCAACAGUUUAACUGCCAGCGAUUCUAGGCCUAUUAAAUUCAGUAAAGCGCAGUCUAACUCUUUCCGCAUCGUCGAAGUACGAGAAAUGGAAAUUGUCAAGUCCGUAGCUUCGCCCGAAGACCAUGUCGUUCUCCCCAGCGCCAAUGUCAGCGUUGAACAGAUGCCUCAGGUUGUCGAACGCGUUGAAAUAUUAGAAGAUGCAGAGACAGAGCCCGAGUCUGUGGAUACAGACACAGAAGGGAAUGAGAAUUGGACCAAGGAAUCUGGCGAUAUCGGUCCGGACAAUUCUGUGAUGAAGAAAAAGGAGCUCAUUCCAAUAUUGAAGAAACGACGAUCCUCUGGCGAAGGAUCAGGAAAGUCGGUGAAAAAACUCAGCCUUAAAUUAGAUAUCGAAGACGAAACUGCAGAUCUGUCGCAACUGUUGGACGAGGCCCUCAAAUCACCACGUUAUGCGAUACCUGGGCAGAGAUUUGCUAAACAAGUGAUGAACACGUCUCCACCGCCUUUGGCAUAUGGAUCUGGUGUUGGUAACUUGAAAAUUGAAAGCCCCGUUAAUGUCGUUGAAAAAAGCAGUUCAACCGCUUUGAAGGAUCCUGAGAGCAUCGCAGAGUAUUUGAUACUCGAUGAUAAACCCACACCAGUCGGUUCCACUUUGGAUCAGAGCAGUUUGAACAAUAACGGAGCACGUAAAAAAGUUCAAAAGCCUUUGAGCGCUAAGAAACAAGUAGAGUUUUCAGAUACGUAUCAAAUCGUUGGAAGCUUCAGUCCCGGAUUUGUGAAACAGUACAGAAAAUCGCCAAUACCAAAAAUAGCUAGACGCUUAUCUUCGGACGACAUUUUAGAGGAUUGCGACAGUUUUUACGGAAGCGACAAAGAAACCGAUGACGCAUUAAUAUUUUCCGACGAUACCGAAAUCGACGUUAGUAGCUCGAGUUCCGACGGAGAGGAUUCAACUUUAGGAGAGCAUGUUGAACACCUCUUGGCUAAGAUUAAAACCGAGAAGCUAUCUCGCUCCCCGGUACGGAAAGUCCCGUCAAAGUUCAGCGGCGAAUCUAGAUCUCCUCGAAGUCCGACUGGUCAAUCUAGAACCAAUUUCGAAAGAGAUAUUUUAGAGUUUGAACAAGCGGCGCAAAGGAUGCUACGAAGAAUGGACGUUAUGUUAAUGACCAUCGGAGGAGUGACUCAUGAAAAGGAUCCAGCAAAGCGUCUCGAGGUCAUCAAAGGAGAAGUUAGCUGCCUCGCACCAGAUGCUGCAAGUUUGAUAAGCAAGGGAGACGGUUUGGUCAUGACUGUACAUAUGACGGAUCCAUCCAGGGCUGAAAAGAUAAAAACGGAGCACCAGGAUAAACUGAGGAGCAAAUGGCAUCAGGUAAUGUCUGAAACGGAGGCGAGGCGCACGCAGGCCCAAAAAGCCGAGGAAUCUCUGAGGCAGUACAACGCUUUGAUCGUCGAAUUCAACGAAUGGUUCAACGACGUUCCACGCAAACUGGAACAAGCCAAUAAUUACGAAGGACAACUCGAAUUGUUCACAGAAGAGUUUGAGAUUAAACAGGAACAGAUACAAAAACUCAAUGAACUGGGUAACGACCUUAAGAAGUCGAACGUUGGGCAUUCGGAAACGACUCGAUACACCAUAAACAGCAAAUGGCAAGAAGUUAGUUCACAAUUCAAGAGAUUUAGCGGCAGCAAAGACAAGGAUAAGCUUGUUGCUGAGAAAAAAGUGGAAAUUGAUACCGAGAGCAUAAGUAAGCCUGAUUUCGUGACGAAGACAAAUAAGUUGCGAGAAGAGAUAUCGACUGUGUCAAGAUCGCUCAACUCGCCGCCACUGAAUGGAAAAGACUACGAAUCGUAUAUAAAUCAAGAAGAAUAUUUGAACAAAAUAAGAAACGCUUUAAGCAUCUUGAAAUCAAGUGUCGAAGAGGUGGAAAAUCUAAGUUUCGACGUUGUAAGACGUUUGAGAAACGAACAAGCCGAUCAGAUUGUGCGUUUGGUUGAGAAACUUAAGGACGAAUGGUCGAACGUUAACCAGAAGUAUUCAAUCAGGUACAAUACUUGGUCAAGAUGUACGGAGAAUUGGAAAAGUCUGCACAAUACUUGUCGGACAUUUUCUGACUGGUUGGACAUGGCGGAGGAUUUGCUCAACAAACUGAACGCUACAGGGCAUUCAAAAGCUGCUAAAACCAAGGUCCCGGAACUGGAACAAGAGGUAUCUAGAAGACAGCACACCAUCAACACUGUCACUGCAUCUAGUAAAGAAAUUAUCAGUCGAUCUUCUCCAGAGGAAGCAAAGGACCUGCAAAUGAUGGUUGACAAUCUUAUAAUUCGAUGGCAAAAUUUAUGUACCGAAUUGAAAACACGAAAGGAAAAGAUUCUCUCGAUGGAAAGGAAAACUGCGCCAGGCGACAAAAGUUUGGACGCCGUUCAUCACGUAAUCGAUCAAGUCAACUCACUCCUGACUUCCUCGGCAAAUCCAUCAGACGACACGUCGCUGUCCAUAAGGCUUUCGCUGAUUAAGGCAAGAUCAGAGGAACUUGCUUCGCGCAGGCGAGGAAUGGAGACUCUCGUCAACCAGCAAAAUAAUCCCCGAAACGAAGAUGUUUACAGAAACAUCAUUUUCGACAUGGAUCAGGCGAGCUCGAGUCUUUCGGCUCAUCGUGAAUACGUUGAGAGCAAAUUGACAUCUUUGAAAAAGUACAUGAAUAGUUUAGACACAGUGAUGGCAUGGGUGAUGGAAACGCGAACGAGAUUAAAUAUUUCUCGAGAACUUCCCCAACAAGAACGUACCAGAUUUAUCGACAAUAUUAUGGAUAGCGUGGUCGAUCGUGAAAUGGAAGUUAAAGAUGUUAUAGAAAACUACACAAACUUGGAAAAGGAAUGCGAGUCAGCCAGGCAGCCGAUAUCCGUUGAAUUACAAGAAAAAUUGAAAAAGCUGCGCGAGGAUUGGCAGUUUGUAAAGAAUCGCGGAGAAUCACCGGAUGCAGAAGUUCUAUCUACAGUCUCUCCCCUUUUGGCGUAUCGACAAAAAGAAUCGGAGAAGAACUUAGGGGCGGGGGUGCCUUCGAGGGGGGCUGCGGCCUCCCUUUCCACCCCCCUCGAAACGCCCGCAACACCCGAGACACCGGCGUCGAGUGCAUCUCCGAUUACCAAGUCGACGACGUCGUCGUCCUCGUCCUCGUCGCCCACCACAUCCGGCUCCGUCUCUGCGACUAAGAGCAUCCCCUCGACUUCCCCGUCAUCUGCAGUUGUCACGGGUCUUGACAAGUCGGUUCUUCAGAUACGCGACUGGCUGACCGUCGAGGAAGACAUGCUCCGUCAGCAAGCCGUGGUCGUCGGUGACGUCGACGAGAUUAUACAGCUCCUCGACAAGCAGAGGAAUGUGCUGCGUGAAUUGGAGCAGAAAAAACCACAAUUGGACGAGCUGGUGCACACCGCUGAAAAUCUUCGGGCGGACACUAAUCGACAGCAGCUUCACGGCAAGGUGACAAAACUAAGGGAACACUGGGACGAGACAAACUCUAAGGUAAUGCAGCGGAAGACGCAGUUGGACGCAAUGCUGGGUGACAGUCAACGUUACGAGGCUAAACGUACCGAAGUUGAAGCUUGGCUUGCCAGGAUGGAGACUCGACUUGAGAGAAUGCGAGCCGUCGGUCACACCGCGGAUGUACUCGAAGCGCAACAGAGAGAGCAAAAGUCUUACCACGUCGAGCUUCACCAGUACAAGCAUCAGAUCGAGCUGUUCAACCAGUUAACCCAGAAACUGAUCGCCGUUUAUCAGCAGGACGACACGACGCGGGUUAAAAAAAUGACCGAGAUGAUCAACCAGAGAUACAACAACUUGAACACGAGCAUCAUCAAUCGAGGCAAAUUACUUCACUCCGCCAUGAACUCGCUGCACAACUUCGACCGUUCUCUGGACAAGUUCCUCGCCUGGCUUAGCGAGGCCGAAUCAUCGAUGGAGGGACUGGAGGCAGAGGCUGACAGGCUGGGGGGCAGAAGGGACCAAGGGGCGCUGAGGAGGCCGCAGCAUCAGCUCAAGGAUCUUCAAUCGGAAAUAGAAACACACCGAGAUGUCUACGCUUCGUUGAACGGUACUGGAAGGAAGCUUUUAAGCUCGUUGGCUAGCCAGGAUGACGCGGUAAUGCUGCAACACCGUCUCGACGAAAUGAACCAGCGAUGGCAUCACCUCAAGGCAAAAAGCAUGGCUAUAAGAAACCGCCUGGAAAGCAACACCGAACAUUGGAACGCCCUGCUCUUAUCACUGCGAGAGCUCAUCGAAUGGGUUAUCAGAAAGGACACCGAGCUGACUGGACUGGGUCCAGUUUGCGGUGACAUAGCCGCCCUGCAGAAGCAGCAGGACGAUCAUCGCGGUUUCAGAAGACAGCUGGAAGACAAGCGGCCGGUUGUGGAAAGCAAUUUGUUGAGCGGUCGACAGUACAUCGCCAACGAACCUCCGCUCUCCGACACCUCAGACUCAGAAGCCGGUAGAGAGCUUGACGGUGAUUCCCGUGGCUAUCGAAGUGUCGAGGAACAAGCCAGGGAACUUACCAGAAGCAUACGAAGAGAAGUUAACAAACUAUCGGAGCAAUGGAAUGCCUUGAUCGAACGUAGCGACGCUUGGAAGCGAAAGCUGGACGAUACAACUAACAAAAUGUGCGUGUUUCAAAAAUCCUUGGAGGAUUUAUCCUCAAGAAUGGCAGCGGCUGAAUCUCUGAAAGGAAACUGGCAAACUCCUACGGAUUCGAACGAGGCCACAGAAAUGUUGGAUCAAUUGCGAAAAUUCGGUGAUCGUCUUGGUCCGAUUCAAAGAAACAUCGAGGACACAAACGACCAAGCGAGUAUCUUUGCUUCGAGCAGCGUUAUCGUGUCGCACGCUUUACUCGCAAAACUCGAAGAUCUUAACGUCAGGUGGAAAGUUCUGCAAGUAGCUGUAGACGAGCGAUAUAAACUGUUGAACGGAUUUGGAAAAGACGGCAGCACCCCAGGUAGCCAAGCUUUCCUUGCGGGCAGCGUUGAGCCACCAUGGGAAAGAGCACUGACGCCAGCCAAAGUGCCUUAUUACAUAAACCAUCAACUGGAAACGACGCACUGGGAUCAUCCGCAGAUGAUAGACCUGAUGUCGUCGCUAGCCGACCUUAACGAAGUCCGUUUUUCAGCAUACAGAACUGCGAUGAAACUAAGAACAGUGCAGAAGCGAUUAUGCUUGGAUAUGCUAAGCCUCUCUGCUGCGCUAGAACAGUUCGACACGCACGGUCUACGAGCCCAGAACGACAAGCUGAUAGAUAUACCAGAUAUGAUAACGGUUCUGACUUCGCUCUACGAAUUAAUAGCAGCUGACAAUCCGUCACAGGUUUCAGUACCGCUGUGUAUAGAUCUGGCCAUCAACUGGCUCCUCAAUGUAUAUGAUAGGUAUGAUAGUCAACGAACCGGCCAGAUUCGAGUACUGUCAUUCAAAGUCGGCCUUGUUUUGCUGUGCAAGGGACACUUGGAGGAAAAAUAUAGAUACUUGUUUAGAUUAAUCGCCGACCCGAACAGAUUAGUGGAUCAACGAAAGCUCGGGCUGCUACUUCACGACUGUAUCCAAGUACCCAGACAACUUGGAGAGGUUGCGGCGUUCGGUGGGUCAAAUAUUGAACCUAGCGUAAGAAGCUGCUUUGAAAAAGCGGGCAAAGACAAGAACGAGAUUGAAGCUGUACACUUUUUGAGCUGGCUUCAACAAGAGCCACAAAGCAUGGUCUGGCUUCCUGUUCUCCAUAGACUAUCAGCUGCCGAAACAGCCAAGCAUCAGGCCAAGUGCAAUAUUUGUAAAGAAUAUCCCAUCACUGGUUUCAGAUAUCGUUGUCUGAAGUGUUUCAACUUCGACAUGUGUCAAAACUGUUUCUUCUCCGGUCGCAAAGCAAAGAAUCACAAACUGACUCAUCCGAUGCAAGAAUACUGUACCGCGACAACGUCCGGCGAGGACGUAAGGGACUUUACAAGAGCGCUGCGUAACAAAUUCAAGUCCAAACGAUAUUUCAAGAAGCAUCCAAGAGUCGGUUAUCUCCCUGUGCAAACAGUUCUGGAAGGCGACGCUCUGGAGAGUCCAGCUCCGUCGCCUCAGCACAGCACUCUGAGUCAAGACAUGCAUUCUAGACUGGAGAUGUACGCGUCGCGUUUAGCCGAGGUUGAACUAUCGCGAACGCGAAGUAAUUCAACACCGGAUAGCGACGACGAGCAUCAGCUGAUAGCUCAUUACUGUCAGAGUCUCAACGGCGCGGACAACAUCAACGUUCCGAGGAGUCCUGUUCAAGUAAUGGCGGCAAUAGACGCCGAACAGAGAGAAGAGCUCGAAGCGAUGAUCAGAGAACUGGAAGAAGAGAACGAGACCCUUCAAGCCGAGUACGAAAGGCUGCGCUCUAAUCAAACUCCAGGUUCCACACCUGAGGACGGCCACAGCACCCGGCAACCUGAUUGCGACAUGAUUGCCGAGGCUAAACUGUUGAGGCAACACAAAGGGAGACUCGAGGCUCGUAGACAAAUACUCGAAGACCAUAAUCGACAAUUAGAAGCGCAGCUACAGAGGCUAAGACAACUUUUGGACGAGCCCAAUGCAGGAUCACCCUCAAAGACUGGAACCCUGCAAACUCGAAGUGUAACUGCGUCGCAGUUGGCCACCGAUUCCCCAGCGAAGAUGAACGGGCAUUAUCACGAUUCUCCAGGUGGUGGAGGAUGGGGUGAAGGCAGAGCAGGAAGUCUGGAACGACCGCCACCCCCGCCACAUUCACACAGCAUAUCACAUAACGUUGGCAACCUGAUGCACAUGGCAGGAGACUUGGGUAAGGCUGUCGAGGAACUGGUUACAGUAAUGACGGAAGAUCCGUCGAGAACAAACGGACAAAGAGGACCACCACCGCCGCCAGGAUUUAAACCAUAGAUUAUACAUAUAUU